AAUAUGAGUUCAUAUCAUAAAAUCUACAAAAUUCAUCCUGAAAUUAAAAUUUUAAGGUUGAAAUUAAUACAAUAACAAGUCCAGAGUCAAGAAAAUAAUUUUUUAGUGUCUUCUCGAGAUUGCAGUUGACAAAUCCAAUUUCAGUUCUAAACCGAUUAAAAUGCUCUGUAAUGAUCUCUGUUUUGCAACCGGAACAGCAGAACUCCGUCGCUUCUGCACCACCAGCCAUGGCCGGAACAAACCCUUCCGGCACCGUCCAAGAUGUAGCUUCUAAAGGAGAAGUCCCGGAAAGAUACAUCCAUAAAGAAAGCGAUCGAGGAGCUCGAGAUGCUCCUUUAAUGGCAGCUCCUGUAAUCGAUAUGGCUCUCCUCUCCUCUUCAUCCGAAUCCGGACCAGAACUGGAGAAACUCCGCCAUGGACUUCAAUCAUGGGGCUGCUUUCAGGUUGUAAAUCAUGGAAUGUCAGCGGAAUUUUUGGAUGAAAUCCGUAGAUUAGCGAAACAGUUCUUUGAUCUUCCAAUGGAAGAGAAAUCGAAAUACUCGAGGGAAGAAGAUGAGAUUGAAGGAUAUGGAAACGACAUGAUUCUAUCAAAUCAACAAAUUCUCGAUUGGACUGAUCGAUUAUACCUUACUGUAUAUCCAAAAGAAAGCCAUCGAUUCAAGUACUGGCCAACAAAUCCUGAAAGAUUCAGGGCAGUUCUUCACGAGUACACUGCAAAUGUGAAGCUGUUAAGCGAGAAAAUCCUUAAAGCUAUGGCGAUUUCAUUAGAUUUAAACGAAGAUAGCUUCAUCAAACAGUAUGGUGAGGAAGUUAAACUGGACGCACGGUUCAAUUUCUACCCUCGAUGUCGAAAUCCGGAUCUUGUUCUUGGCGUGAAACCGCAUGCGGAUGGAUCGGCCAUCACGAUUUUGUUGCAGGAUGAGGAAGUAGAAGGUCUUCAGUUCUUGAACGGCAAUGAGUGGUUCAACGCCCCGAUCGUUCCUGGCGCUCUUCUCAUCAAUGUCGGGGAUCAAGCAGAGAUCACGAGUAAUGGGAUAUUCAAGAGUCCAGUUCAUAGGGUGUUGACGAACUCGGAGAGGGAGAGGAUAUCGUUGGCAGUGUUUUACCUUCCGGAUUGGGAGAAAGAAAUCGAACCAUUGGAGAAGCUCAUCGAUGAAACUCGACCAAGGUUGUACAAGACUGUGAAGAACUUCGUCGGCCUUUACUUUCAGUACUACCAGCAGGGCCAGAGGCCCAUGGAGGCCGCACGAAUCUAAAUUUGGUAUCAAUCUUAGUCAAUGGAAUCAAUGGAAUCAUAAUUUAUUUUGUUUGUUUA